AUGGCAGUCAAGCCACUCGUGUCUACUGCUGGCUGCUUAAAUAUCAGUGACCUUGCCAAGGCCAUCAAGCAGGAGCUCUCUCCGAAGCUCAACUCCUACUCCUCUGCUCAGCUUACCCUCCACAAGACAUCGGAUGAUACUGCUCUUGAACCUGAUCUUCCACUUGCGAGCAUUUCCACUGCUGGUCUGUCCGCCAAAUUACCUUUGAUUGUCAAGACUCUGGAACCCGCGCCGAAGUGCUGUCCUUUGGAUAGCUUUUCCAAAUAUCUUGUUGAAUCAAAUGAUGAUUUGAAACAGAUCCUCGAAGGAAAAGGCUCGGCUCUCUACCAGCUGUUCAAUCCCAAGGACAAGAUUAUCAAGUUCAAGCAGUUGAUCAAUGGAGAAAAGUACAAUGUAUAUUCUCGCUACGAACGGUCGUUUGCUGACGAAGUACGUUGGCAGCAGAAUGAAGACCAAGCUAUGGAGGAGGAAACUCACUUGGCCGUGAGGCGAUUCCUUGCUACCCAUCUUGGUCCUUCAGCUGUAGAUAUGCCAACGGACAUUAUGGCUGCAGACGGAAAAACCAUUGUCCAGGAGUGGAAUGCUGUCUUUAAAGAUGGCAAUGUCCUGUACUUAUGCGAGGCCAAGCAUAAUAUGACCGAUAAGCAAGUGAACAAGCUCCCUGCAAGAAUUCGCAAGUUCAAGGAGUUUCAAGCCAAUGCCCAGCCAGAAUUUCGAAAUGUCACAAAAUAUGCUGGGGUGUUGUGUGGUACGUUGUUUCCAGAGGAUAUUAGAAAGAAUGCACACCUUGGAUUCAUUUGUGUUUAUCCAUCAGGAUAUCGUUACGAUGUCAAAAAGCCGGAGGAUUUCAUCAUUGAACGUUAA